GACUCAAGUCCAAGAUUCCCAGUGAGGUUCUUUUUAAGUCUCAGACAGUGAAGGACAGCGGUGUGUCCCUAGGAGUGAGCAGAGAUGAAGCUCCAUCUGAUCCUCUCGUUUGUUCUGUUGGGGACAGUCUCCUCUUUUCAUUUGAAGAAUGAGGCUCUCAAGAGAGAGUCACCAGAGGAAGCAGAGACACAGAAUCAAGAACAAGAGAUGCCAGAAGAAGAGGAGUUCCUGGCCUCUGCGGAAGGUGAUUCCCGGGCGGAGCAGGAAGAAGCCACAGAGUUAGUUCCAGUCCCAUCUACCAAGGAAGAUAUUAACGUGUGCCCCAAGGAAGAGGAUGUAAUUCAUUUGAAAGGCAGCCCGGAGUGUAAGACCUGUCGCUAUCUGUUAAUCAGACAAUGCCAAACAUAUCAACAAGCGCAGUUUACUUGCCAGAGCUGCUACAGAGGUAGGCUGGUAGCCAUUCAUAGCUUCGCAUUCAACUUAAUACUCCAGCAGUCAGCUUGUGCAAUCAACCAGGGCCAAGUCUGGAUUGGAGCCCAUGUUUCUGGUUGGGGUGCCUGUUUGAGAUACAGCUGGUUGGAUGGAAGUAGAUGGGAUUUUGCUUACUGGGCAGUAGGUCAGCCUGGAAGUGGUGGAGGCCAGUGUGUGGCUUUGUGCACAAAAGGGGGUCAUUGGAGAAGAGUUCCAUGUGCCCAUAGUCUUCCGUUUAUCUGCUCUUACUGAACCAGGCCAAUCCAUAGACUUUCCAAUGGCUGCCACAAAGACUCCUCUGCAAUGUCUCCCGUCAAUCCUUUCCCUUCCCUUUCCUGGGAUUCCAGGUCUCCUUCGGUUGCAAUAAACCAGAGUUUUUGAAAUGAGAA